GACUCAGUCAAUAUGCAAAACUUACGAAUAAGCUUUCUUUGUUGGGCGAGCAUUGUCCAGCGCAAUCUUAUGAAGUCUAAUCCAAUCAUAAAUUGCGCUCUCGGACCAAUCAGGUGUCUUCUACACUUCGCUGAAAGGGACUCGAGCGGAGGACUUUAUUGAGCUCUAUUGUUGUUGCUGUCAGUCCACAAAGGUCCUUUACAGAGUAGCCGAUAUAAAGACCCUCUUCUAAAACGAGGACCCAGGAGUGCAUCGUGACUCGUUCCAUUCAGUGUCCCACAGCAAAAGGGGAAUUAAGGUGGAGUAAAAUCUCUUUGAUAUAUUUUUUGUAUUUUUAUCUCGCCCUACUACAAACGGGACGAUGAUGAUCCCCAGCGUUAUCGCGCCACCGGCGAUGUACCCGAGUUUCAUGCGUCCGGCAGCGUCACUCAUCCCGUCUUUGCAAACGACAUUUCCAGUUCAUCCUGGCUUUCUUGUGGAGGACCUGCUGCGCAACAGGCCGGCAAGCUAUCUAAACCGAGCUGUGCACUCACCGAGUGCUUCUCCACCUACCUCCACGACACCCACCGUCCGGGCCAACCCCAGCGUAUCGGACCGUGUUAGUUCUCCAGUCACGGCGACAUACGGAUCUUGUUCUCCAAAAACUCCACUCCCUGGAAGCAAGGAUGCAACUUAUCUCAAGUUUGGUGUAAAUGCUAUUUUGGCACCGUCGCCAAAGAAAGUUACGUCUCCCCACACCGUUCACAACGUCCAUCCUAAAGGAAUCCCCGUUCCCUGUUUCGACGGAUCGUUCUACCCUUUCGUUCGCUCGUCUUACUUCCCUGCCUCUUCAUCUGUUGUACCUAUCCCUGGAACCUUCUCAUGGCCUUUAGCCGCCAGAGGGAAGCCCAGAAGAGGGAUGCUCCGGCGGGCCGUGUUUUCCGAUGUUCAGCGUAAAGCUCUGGAGAAAAUGUUCCAAAAGCAAAAAUAUAUCAGCAAACCGGACAGGAAAAAACUCGCCGCGAAACUGGGCCUUAAAGACUCUCAGGUUAAAAUUUGGUUUCAAAACCGGCGAAUGAAAUGGAGGAAUUCAAAGGAACGAGAACUGCUGUCUUCAGGUGGUUGCCGUGAGCAAACAUUGCCAACGAAAACGAAUCCUCAUCCAGAUCUAAGUGACGUUGGAAAAAAGUCUUCGGAAGAGGAAGAUUAUGACGAGGACACCCUCGCCCCACACGUUUACCACUCACCAAGACGCGAUUUAUCAAACACCGCAGACAUGAACAUUUCGUCACCUUCCGUAUCGAGUAAACAUUCAGACUUUUCUGAAUCAGAGGACGAAAUAACGGUUUCAUAAUCCUCUCGUCUUUAUCGGUGGUAUAUAGCGAUUGUAUACUCAAGCACAAACGUAGCCAACAGAAGGUUACAUCCCUGUAAUUAGACCGCUGCAUUCACAUGAAUGCAUUUUUGAGCGAUUGUUUAUAAGCAGGACUUUACUUAGGGUUUACUUAUUAGGAUACUUCUUAUUAUGAUUUUGCUGUGUUGCACAGCGUUUGUGGAACUGUACAGUAUUUUGUACAAAUAUUUUUGUAUGGAUAUUUUAUACCAAGAUUAUUGAGUUACACAGUUAUAUUUCACAUAGAUAUUUUUAUUAAAGGUUGUAGACUUAUAAUUGUAUAAUUUAUACCAAUUUAUCCGUCUCUCACUGUAUGUAUAUUUCUAUGCUUUU